UGAAAUACGCAACCACUCCCACAAAGGCAAAUAAAAGGUUGCAAAAAAGGAAAAGAAAAGUUGCAUCUAAGAAAAUCAUCAAAGUUAAAAGGCAAAUCAUAAUCACUUGAAGCUAUUACGAUGAGGUAUGAACUUAUAAAUGAAUUCGACGUCGGAGCUUCAGCCGACGAUGUCUGGGCAGUUUACAGCUCUCCCGAUCUCCCAAGGCUCAUAGUUGAAUUACUUCCCGGUGUUUUCAAAAAGAUCGAUGUGGUCGAAGGUAACGGUGGUCUUGGCACGGUUCUUCACCUCGUCUAUCCUCAUGGAUCUGUGCCACUCUCUUACAAGGAGAAGUUCGUAACCAUGGAUAACCAUAAACGACUGAAAGAGGUGCGACAGAUCGAAGGAGGAUAUCUGGAGAUGGGCUGUACAUUUUACAUGGAUAGUUUCCAAAUCCUGAAGAAAACUCAUGAUUCAUGCACCAUAAGAUCGAUUACCAAAUACGAAGUUAGCGCCGAACUCGCAGAAAAAGUUUCUUCUCAUAUCAGUGUCGAGUCCCUUGUUGAUAUGGCUCGAGCUAUCUCAAAAUACGUCAUCCAAAACAACGAGAAAAACAAGGCAGAAGAUCCUUCAACUUGUUCUGAAGAAGGUCAUGAUAAAAAGCAUGGUCAUUUGCAUAGGAUUUGGAUUUCUUUGUUUGGUAAGUAAUUAGAGAUGAUAAUUAUUUGAUGAUGAUGCAGAUCAUUAAGCCCUUCUUUAGUGUACUUUAAAUUUUCUUUGAUUUGAUCAAGACUUGCUAUGUGCGGUGACGGGUUGUGAAUAGGGUGUUCGUAUUUUAAAUUUGUAAUCCAAUCGAAGAGUAACGAAAAAAAUAAUGCGAUGGCUUUGGCUACAUGUUUGAAUAAUAAUAAUGUAUGGGAAAAAUAAUUUGUAAAAGUUCGAUAAA